CAUUCAUCUAUUUACUUUGUCUCUAUCUAUCAAACCCUCCAUCCCACCUUACAUAUACGCAUCAAACCUCGACACAACCAAGCAACCAUGUCCGCCGAAUCCCUCCCCAUCAGCCCCGCCGCCUUCGCCGAAGCCAUCAAAGAGCUUCCCCUCCCUGUGCUCUACGCCAAAGUCUCCGAGAUCCGCAACUCCAUGGCGCACCUCCACCGCUCCAACCAGGAACUGAGGACAUUCAUCAAUGAAUCAUGCGACACGGACUCCGAAAAGCAAGAACUAGAGGCAUAUAUUAAGGAGAACGAGGACGUGGCAGUGUCUAUGCUGGAGAGGAUCGAGCUACUGAAGACUGAGGUGGAAAAUCGGGGACAGAAAUGGAUUGAGCUGGAGGAUCCGGAAAAGGAGAAGGUGAAGGAGAAUGGUGAAGGGACUGCCAAUGGAAAUGAGAAUGGAACGGUGGAAGGGACGGAGGAGGUGCGGAACCCCGCUGCGGGGAAUGAGGACCGGAAUCAAGAACACGACCAGGACCAGGACCAGGAGGGAGUUUAUCUGUAGUCGUGAGUCUCCGUCUUGGUGAAGAAUUCGAGACCAGGAAAGGUACAAUGCGGCUUUUGAGGAAUAUCCAUCUAUCGCAUACGAGAACUCCUACAUGGGCAGCUACCGACUACCUCACCUACCGCCGAGAGUGUCGCAAUGUCGCAUUUGCAGGCCAUUUGAACCACUGUCCGGUCAGCCUUCUCUAUUGGGUACAGUUCAAUUGGGUACAGUCGAAGCGUGAGAGACGUCGCGCCGCUGAUUGUGUCCAUGCUAGUCGAAAUCUAGUCCUUCCGAAGGAAAGCCCUACUUUAUCUUCAUGCUGAUUGUUCAUAAUCUCAAUUUGGCUGAUCAGUGUCAUC